GUCCAUAUAAUCCUCCGCGACAAUAAGCCAUCAUCUCUCCUUCUCAACACAAACUUCACUCAACACAGACACAGAAUAAAAAUGUUCCAGUGCCUCGAAAGAAAACAAACCCAGACACUACCAACGCUGGAAGAUUUGCUCGCCAUGUUUGAGUUUCUAACAAAGGAAAAACGACCGCUGCGGACGCUGGAAGACUGGCUCAAGGGGAUCAAGCAGGUCAAGGAUCCUCUCGAGUUGACCAACUUCCUGUUCUUGAACUGGCCAUCCUUCACCGACAAGGUCAAAGUCCUCAUCUCACUGCCGAAAACGGCCAUCCGCAAUGAUGUUGGCAUGAAGCUGCUGGAAUCCCGACUAGAAGACUCGAUGUACGCUCAGCUUGCGCAAGUCGUGCGCUGGCUCAUCUUUGGCAACGGGUCUGAUUCCAAUCAGAAAAAGGGUCUGGCGUGGUCCAGAAGUAUCAUUGUGAUGGAUAUUGGAAGGCGCCGGAUUGUCCAACGUGAAAUAUAUGUUCAAGAGGAAAUGAAGGCUUUACAGAAGUCACUGCAUGGAGAUAGUGAGGGGGCCACAGAAACAUCCCAGCUCAGUGCAUAUGAAAAGGAGCUUGAGAACCUAAACAAUGAAUACUGGAGUCUCAACCGCGAUCUCGGGCAAUUUGAAAGUGCGAUACCAGCAGGUGCUCUCAGCAAAGCCUUCAAGUCAUGGAGAGCAGAUCCAGACUGGUACCUUUGUCAAUGGCUGCGUGAGGAUUGUGCUCGACGAGGAGGCUGCUGUGGGCGAGACUGUGGAUGUUGUGAGAAAGCCCGAGCGACAAACCGUCGAUGGAACCGAGGCCAUUGCACCGGCGUAUGUGGCUGUUGUGUUCGCACGCAAGGGUGCACUGAUAGGGAUGUUACUUCGACAGAAAGUGAAGAGGAAGAUUAUCCCUAUGAUGCUGAUGAUCUUUUCGCCAGGUCACAAUAUGAAGAUCGAUUUGAUAGAGCGUAUAUCUGGGGGCUGAGUUUUUUGGAUGAACUCGACCUACUUGGGUGAAAGGGGUGUGCCUGAUGAUUCGCUGAUCAUUCGUUUCUGUUUGGGCUCUUCUCUGGGGAUCUAUCGUCAUGGAACUCUCUGAAGUUUUAUUUAAUCUUGUAUGACUGGUUCCUGGUCGUUUUAGUCGCGAUGUUCUGGGCGUGAUAUUCUACUCUUUAUCUGGAUCGUGUCAAUCGAAGCAACAUAGGAGCAGAUGACAGACUGAAAAUGUGAUCUUGUUUUUCCUUAUUGGGAUGUCCUUCUUGCAUGUUUUGAUAGUUAUUCGGUUCAAUUGGCUUUGUCCGUGGCCCUAUGUAGUUCGUAAUAUAUGAGCAGAUG